CAUAAAAUUAUUUUAGAACCCUCGGAAGCUUCAUUCAUAUGGUUAAGGGAUCAUUAGGAACAGGAAUUAUGGCCAUGCCACUGGCAUUCAAGAACGGUGGUCUAAUAUUUGGUUCAAUAGGAACUGUUCUAAUAUGCACUAUCUAUGCUCAUUCUGUUCAUUUACUGGUCGGUACAUCUCAAAAACUGUGCAAGAAAACUCAAAUACCGGUACUAGAUUACGCUGGAACAGCCCAUAAAGCUUUCGAUACUGGACCCCCUCGGAUACGACCACUUGCAAAAUAUGUGUCAGUGUUCAUCGAUUGGAUGUUGGUAAUUGAUAGUAUCCUGUCGAUUUGCCUGUACAUAGUCUUCAUAGCGCAGUCAGUGCAGGAUGUAAUUUAUAACCAACAGGGACUUGAUUGGGACACACGAAUCUACAUCCUGCUGCUUCUGAUUCCAAUCAUUGUGAUCAUACAAGUCCGAGAAUUGAAGCAGUUAGUUCCAUUCACAGCGGUAGCCAAUAUGCUGAUCAUUGCCUCCUUGGGGGUGUCUCUGUAUUUCAUCUUUAGUAAACCAAUUUCACUAACAGGCAAAAAUAUGUGGCCCCAAUGGACAACUAUACCUACUUUUGUAAGCACUGUACUGUUCGCGAUCGCAGGCAUCAAAACAGUUCUGCCGAUAGAAAACAAAAUGAAACACCCAAUAGACUUUCUGCGCCCAGCGGGAGUCAUGCAAAGUGCUCUUGGGCUUCUCACAAUGCUCUACGGGGUGACUGGAUUCUUCGGAUACACUCAGUAUGGAGAGGACACCAAGGGUUCCGUUACUCUCAACUUGCCGAGUGAUAGCGGAUGGGCCGAAACCACCCGGUUGCUCUCAGCCAUCGGUAUCCUUGUUUCUCUGGGAUUCACCUUAUACAUCCCGAUGGAAAUCAUCUGGCCACGAUUGGAGCAAAAGAUUCCGCUAAAGUGGCACAAUUUGGGACAGAUUACCAUUCGAUCAGCACUGGCGAUUUCUAUGGUUGGAUUUGCCCUGGUUGCUCCGAAAGUGGAAUCAUUCAUUGGAUUGCUGGGAUCCUUUGGAACCGCUAUACUGUCGGUUUUGCUUCCAGUUACUGUGGAUUUGCUGUACCGCUGGCCAAACGAUUUCGGCCGCUUCCGGUGGAAGUUGGUUAAAGACAUCAUUCUGAUAUUGUUCGGACUUUUCGUCCUUAUCGUAGGUACGUAUUUUGGAAUAUUGGACAUUGUUGCUAUUUACUAGUGAUGAAACAAUCAUUUUUAC